AUGGCGGCUUUAGUCUCCGGAAGCUCCAGUGCGGCUCUCAGUUCUGGUCCAGGCUUCACCGAGGGAGGCUCAGCCAUGUUUGAGAGAAAAUUCUGUAAUUCUCCUUUGCCCCCCUUCCUGACUCCAAGAAACAAACCAACACCCGCCUUUAUACCCUCCAUGUCCUCAAUAACCUUUGAUGUUUCACUUCAACCCUUGCUAGACUAUACUCUGAAACGGAAUGUUUACACCUCCACCGUGCAGUCUCAGAGACGGCCCAACCCUACUUCACCAACCGGUCUAGCAUUAGAACCCAGCUCACAAAUCCAGCAACUAACCACACCAAUUCAACCAACAACAACGACCCAACCAGCCACAGAAAACCAACCAACCACAGAAACCCAACCAACCACAGCUUCCGAACCAGCCAAAGCAACCCGACCAACCACAACUACCCAACAGGCCAAAACAACCCAACUAACUACAUCGACUCAACCAACCACAGAAUCCCAACCAACCAAAGCACAGACACCGACACCUAGCCACCCAAAGCAACACAUCCAACUAAUGCAGCCCAAACAACCACAACAAAUCUACCAGCCACAGCUUCCCAUCCAAUUAAAUCACAGCUACCCAACCAGUCACAGCUACCCAACCAACCACAGCUUCCUAACCAACUACAGCUUCCCAACCACAGCUUCCCAACCACAGAUUCCCAACCAACUACAGCUUCCCAACCAACCACAGCUUCCCAACCAGUCACAGCUACCUAACCAAUCAAAGCUUCCCAACCAGUCACAGCUACCUAACCAAUCACAGCUUCCCAACCAACUACAGCUUCCCAACCAACUACAGCUUCCCAACCAACUACAGCUUCCCAACCAACCACAGCUUCCCAACCAACCACAGCUUCCCAACCAAUCACAGCUUCCCAACCAACUACAGCUUCCCAACCAACUACAGCUUCCCAACCAACUACAGCUUCCCAACCAACUACAGCUUCCCAACCAACCACAGCUUCCCAACCAACCACAGCUUCCCAACCAAUCACAGCUUCCCAACCAACUACAGCUUCCCAACCAACCACAGCUUCUCAACCAAUCACAGCUUCCCAACCAACUACAGCUUCCCAACCAACUACAGCUUCCCAACCAACCACAGCUUCCCAACCAACCACAGCUUCCCAACCAACCACAGCUUCCCAACCAACCACAGCUUCCCAACCAAUCACAGCUUCCCAACCAACUACAGCUUCCCAACCAACCACAGCUUCCCAACCAGUCACAGCUACCUAACCAAUCACAGCUUCCCAACCAGUCACAGCUACCUAACCAAUCACAGCUUCCCAACCAACCACAGCUUCCCAACCAGUCACAGCUACGCAACCAAUCACAGCUUCCCAACCAUCUACAGCUUCCCGACCAACCACAACAGUUCAAUCAACAACUUUAA